CAUCACUCCAAUUAGCCCAAUUGCCGCUCUAACUUGCUCUACCGUUCUUCUGUCUUUGCUAUUCUCUGCACCGCAGAUUGUUCCUUUUCUUCAAUACUCUUUCAUUUUCCAUUACCCGCGAAUUCAAAACUUCAUUCCUUUAUAUCUCUUUCCCCUCACUGAUCACUGGAUUUCUGUGAUUGAAUUUUCUGGGAAACCCAAGUGAUGGAAAAUAAUAGUGAAGGCUUCUUGAAAUUGAUAUUUUCUUGGUCUCUUGGGGAUAUAUUCAACAAUGAUCUUUACAAAGACAAGGUGAGGCAAAUUCCAACGGCAUUCUGGUCAGUAAGUCACUAUCUGAAAUCAUUUAUUUUUCCACUUAUUGAGGAAACUCGUACAGAUUUAUGCUCAAGCAUGAAGAUGUUGUCAGAAGCUCCGGCGUGUGAAAUAACUGACAUUAAUUUGUCUGAAGAUUACUCACCUCCACAUGAUUUGUUAUACCAGAUAGAAAUGAAAACAAUAGUAGCUAGUGAUAAAAAAGGGGAUGUUUAUGAGCCUGAGGUUGGACAUCUCAUUGCUUUGACUGAUAAGAGGCCAACAUGCAUUGAUGAUUUGAACAAGCAUGGAAAUUCCUAUCUUAUUGCUUUAAUUAGGAAGGUUAGAAAGAAAAAUGACGAUGAAAAUGUUUUUGAGGUUCAAAUACUAGCCUCACAGCCCAUUAAAUUGGAAAUGUACUGGCAAGAGGAUGACAAAUAUAUAUAUGGUAUAUAUGGUUUUGCUUUUUAUCUUUUUAGUUUAACAACAAAUAUGCGUAUAUGGAAUGCUCUGAACUCAGAUCCAGAUGGUCCAGUCAUCCAUGUCAGCAAGCAACUGCUCCAACCUGAUUCUGCUGUUGGGGAAAAUUGUGCUCAAUGUUACUCAUUUCAAAGGCACACUGAUGAUGGAUCAAUGAUUGGUGCUGCCAUUCGCUUAUUCGAUUUAAACAAAGCUCAAGAAGAGGGCGUUUUAAGUUGUUUAGCUGCAAGGGAAUGCUCUCACAAAAAUACUGUGAAAUUGAUUUGGGGUCCUCCAGGGACAGGGAAAACAAAAACAGUUGCCUCAUUACUAUUUGCCCUCCUCAAAAAGAAAUGCAGAACACUUACUUGUGCUCCAACUAAUGUGGCAGUACUGGAAGUGACAUCUAGGUUUCUUAGGCUAGUGACAGAGUCCAUUGAUUAUCACACUUAUGGUCUUGGAGACAUAGUAUUAUUUGGAAACAGAAAGCGGAUGAGUAUUGACGAUCGUGAUGAUCUUCUUGAUAUAUUUCUUGAUUACCGUGCAAAUAUUCUUGCCAAGUGCUUUGCUCCCUUGUCUGGUUGGAAACAUCAUUUAGAACAGGUGAUAUUGUUACUUGAAAAUCCUGAAGAGCAGUAUCGUGAAUAUUUAAAGUGUGAGGAAAAGAGGGAUUAUGAGAUAGAUGAUGAUGAUGAUUGCUUGAAAGAAGAGAAUGAACUACAUGCAAUUGCAAGUCAACAAACAAAGCAAGAGAAGAAGCAUAUGUCCAAGGAUUCAAAAAUUUGUAAGCAAAAUGAGUGGAUGAAAAUAAUUAAUAAAACUUUAAGAGAAAACAGGUUGUGUUUUAAGGAGGCAAACAAAAGUAAAUAUGAUAAGCAAGAGAAGAAGGAUUUUCUUUUUCGUGAGAACAAAAUACAAAUUUUGACAUUUCAUGAGUUUGUCAACAAAAAAUUGAAUUAUAUCCGGAGGUGGAUGAGGACAUUUGCAGUGGAUAUGUGUACUCAUUUGCCAACUUCUUUUAUUUCAUUAAGACAGGUGAAAUGUUUAUUUGAAUGUCUUGAUUUGCUUAAAGUCCUUGCAGAGAUGCUAUCAAACAAUUCCAUUACUGAUCAACAAUUGUAUAAGGCCAGGAAAGAAUGCCUUACAAAGCUGAAAUCACUUCAAAAGAUUAUUCUUCCUGAUUUUUUUGAUGAAUAUACAAUAAAAAACUUUUGUAUCAAAAGAUCGCGCAUGAUUUUUUGUACUGCUUCAAGCUCCGCUAGAUUGCAUGCAGUAGAACAUUAUAGACUAGAAAUGUUAGUUAUAGAUGAAGCUGCUCAACUCAAAGAAUGUGAGUCAAAUAUACCUUUACAACUUCCUGGUCUUCGUCAUGUUGUACUUAUUGGAGAUGAGAAACAGUUGCCUGCCCUAGUCAAAAGUGAGAUUUCUGGCAAGGCAGGGUUCGGGAGAAGUUUGUUUGAAAGGCUGGUUCUUUUGGGUCAUGAAAAACACCUUCUCAAUGUUCAAUAUAGAAUGCAUCCAUCCAUUAGCUUGUUUCCAAAUAUGGAAUUCUAUGACAAACAGAUUUUGGAUUCUCCUAGUGUUAAAGAAAGAAGCCAUGAGAAGCAUUUUCUACAUGGAGAUAUGUUUAAGUUCUACUCUUUCAUAAAUGUUGCUUAUGGACAAGAUGAAUUCGAUGAAGGGAAUAGCCGAAAAAAUAUGGUGGAAGUAGCUGUGGUAUCUGAGAUUGUUCUCAACCUCUAUAAAGAAUCAGCUUCUAGAAAACAGACUGUUAGUGUUGGUGUUAUAUCACCAUAUAAAGCUCAAGUUCUUGCCAUACAAGAUGCUCUUGGAAAAAGGUUUGUUGGUAAUGUUGAUAAUGACUUUUCCCUGAAGGUUUCCACGGUUGAUGGUUUCCAAGGUGGUGAAGAGGAUGUGAUAAUAAUAUCCACUGUAAGAUAUAAUAACAUGGGAUAUGUGGGAUUCCUUUCUAAUUUUCAAAGAACUAAUGUUGCUUUAACAAGAGCAAGGUAUUGCCUUUGGAUAGUAGGUAAUAGUGAAACUUUGAUGAAUAGUGGCUCUGUUUGGGAGAGAUUAAUCCUUGAUGCUAGGGCUCGAGGGUGUUAUCAUAAUGCUGAUGAGGAUGAGAGGUUAUCUGAUGCUAUUGCAACUUCCGUGAUUGAGCUUGGUCAAGUUAGUGAUCUAUUGAAAUUGAAUUCUCUGCUCUUUAAGAAAGCAAAGUGGAAGGUUUGCCUCAAUCAAAGUUUUCUGAUCUCUAUGGCAAGAAUUAAGAGUGCUGAGAUUUGCAAGAAAAUAUGUUCCCUGCUGAUGCAACUUUCAAGUGGUUGGCGUCAGCCUCACCGGAACAUAAAUAUUAGAGUUUUGGAUGAUACUUCUUCCCAACAGUUGGAGCUGUAUAAAGUCAAUGAGUCACUUUAUCUUGCAUGGACCAUAGAUGUUCUAGAGGAGAACUCAAAUUAUGUUCAAGUUUUAAAGAUUUGGGAUGUUUUGCCAUUGUCUGAGGUAUCCAAUUUGGUGAGGGAUGUUGACAUCUCAUACAAGAGUUCGAAUCAUCUAUCCAAUUAUAAUCUUCCACAAGCUGAUCCCAUGCAAUUUCUAUGUAACCAAUUUUCUUCGCUCAGACUGAGGGACAUAAAUUGGAAUCAAUAGUAUACUACUCACCUCACUUAAAUUUUGUUUCUGUUACACAAAUCUCUCCUCUGUUUAGAAAAAAAAAUAUGUAAAAAAAUUGAGAGGUGUAUGUAGGGAUUCCAAUGCAUAUUUUCAGUGAAGGUUUUUAAAGUACAGAAGAAGUCAGAGUAAUUUACUCUCAAUUUCAACCAAUCAGAAGUUACGGAAAUAUUGGAUUUUGGAACCCUAUACCAUGUAGCUUUGGUAUGGAGAGCAAUACUGAAUUUUAAGUUUGGGAAAACAUCUGCUUCAACUGCAAGGUCAAUAGCAAUUGUGUAUAUAAGUAUAGAAGAGUAUACUCUAUGCAUACAGUCAUAGGUUAAGUAAAAGAUAAUGUCUCUUUUGGGUUUGCCUUUGCUAUAUUUCUGACAUGAUAAGGAAGAAGCAGAGUAUGGUGCGUGACUCAUUUUUCUGCAAGGAUUUAACUCUUCUAGAGUAAGCUUUCACUUUAGAGAGAAAAGUAAAAGAUCUCAAUCAUUGAUAAGAUCAACAGUUGAUGUUACAUGAACUUGUCCAACAAACCAUACAGUUGUUAAAAUCUCCUGUGUUGAUUUUUUUCAUUAAUGAUUGAGAUGUCGCAUUUUCCUCUAUGUAGUGAACUAAAAAGAGUCAAAUCCUCCAUAAAUAUAGAUAACAGGCAUAAGGUUGGUGUAAGGGAUGGCCUCUUUUGCUACAUGCUGAUUGUUUCUAAUAUAUAGUUUUUUUUUGUCA